AUGCGAAACAUGCCUAGAGAAGAUUCAACACUUGAAGAAGGUCCAGCCGUAUGCAAUUUAGCUCUUGGUAUGACGCUGAAGGCCCUCUGUAACAUUAAGGUUCUUAAAGAGUAUUUGGUGCACAAUCGGCAUCGGUUUCCUGAAAACGUGGAAGAACAAGUCCCUUUUGCACUACAAAAUUUCUUUACUGCUUUUGUCUCGAAGCAGAUAAAAGAAGAGGGACUCUACAGAUACCUCCUUGGCAACUUACUUGCUUCCUUAGAAGAAGCUCAUUUCAUGUCAAGUAAUGCUGUUGAGCUACUCGUAUCCAUCCUUGAGUUCUGGCCUUGCUGGAAAACUCCAGAAAUAGAAAGCGGGGUAACUCAUCUUCUUACACUGGAAGAAUAUGAAAGAAUGAGUUGUAGCAAAUGCAGAAAGACGCCAAAUUAUCCUGAUCAGCGUUAUUAUGGUGUUGUUAUGGCUGCAGAUUCAAUCAGACACUUGAAGGCUGGUAGCUGGAAGAGUGUGGUCAGCUUCUGCGGAGAAAGGAAGAUUCGGCCACAGAUUCUGUUUUAUGAAGCUAACAAGUUACCGAAAUGUACAAAUAUGGCAACCGAGCAUUGA